ACCUUUGACCUUUUGGGACCACGUGAUCUACAAAACAGUGAUGACCUCUCUCGCUAGCUAGCUGGCUAGUGGUAGCUUAACUCUCGCUAGCAUUGCCAGACUGGUGACAGCAUUUCACACAAUGGACCAACCUAAACAAGAGGAGGAAUAUGGAUACGACUUAUUCCCGGAGAGAAACAAGGGGAAUGACAAAAGGACAUCGAUCGCCAAUGCGAUGUUCACUUUCAACCACAAGUGUCAGGUCAUGUUGCAGUUCGCCACAGAGACUAGUCCGUAUGCCAAACUCCUCCUUGGUGCCAUGAAAAGUUCAGGAUGCAAAAUACUCAAAGACCGACAUUUCUCCUGUGAAGAUUGUGACGGGACGGUCAGCGGUGGCUUUGACGCAGCUUCUUCUCAAAUCGUUUUGUGUCAGAACAACAUCCAUCAGCAGUCCCACAUGAACCGAGUGGUCACACACGAGCUCAUUCAUGCCUUCGACCACUGUCGGGCCCACGUGGACUGGUUCAACAACUUCAGACAUCUGGCCUGUUCCGAGAUCCGGGCAGCUAACCUAAGUGAAGACUGCUCUUUUAGCAAUGAAGUCUCCAGAUUCAACUUUGGAUUCAAGAAGCAUCAUCAGGCGUGCGUCAGAGGCCGUGCCCUUGGCUCCAUCCUGGCUGUGAGGAAAAUUAGCAGAGAGCAGGCAGAGAAAAUAGUGGACGAGGUCUUCGACACGUGUUUCAACGACCACGCGCCAUUUGGACGAAUCCCACACGACAAGAAGGACGCUAGGUUUGCCUACAGAGAUUAUCAGAGCAGGGAUCGAUAUUAUGCAAACCUUUAGUGUCGACAUAUUCUCAUUUAACUCCCAAGGGUGCUGUGACUGGCGGUGAUGCUGUCAAAAGCUCUGCACCGUCAGGGCCAUGGUCAGUAGAGAAGCCUCUACAGAAUGACUGUGUGAAAAAACGAUCAUCAAAUCCCUUCUGAAGGGAUUUUCAGAGAAUGAUUUGUCCUUGAAACAGGAAAGCAAAGGAAGGAGUUUCAGUGCAUUUCAUGUUCUACCUUAAUUUUUUUAUACUAAUUCUGUAUAAAGGGAUUGUAAGGAGUGAUUUUGCUGUGGAAGUUAAUUAUUAGAUGAUUCCCCAAUGAUGUUUUUGGCAUUUUUUUUUAUUUUUAUUUGACCAAUGGGUGCUUUUAAGGAAAUACAGGAUUUGAUUUUUCUCCCUCAAUAUUUGCUGUGAAAGUCCUUUGCUGACAAAUGAGGAUGUAUUUAUCUGUUUGCUCUUCAUCUUGUUGCCACAUUGACCUCCACUCAUUUCUUGUAAAUAGAGUAGCUUGUGCUUAAAUUAUACGGAAUCAACUUGUGUUUGAAUUAAAGUUUGAUUCCUCUGGAAAGAGUUGUUUCUGAGG